AUGGCUCCUCCUUUCUUCAAUGACAUCUCCAAGGACAUCAACGGGUUGUUGAACCGUGACUUCUACCAUGGCACUCCAGCUGCCGUGGACGUCAAGACUACUGCUCCAAACGGGGUUGGUUUCACCGUCAAGGGUAAGAGCUCUCCAAAGGACGGGUCCAUCGCUGCUAACGUGGAGGCUAAGGUCUCGGACAAGCCAACCGGGCUGACUUUGACGCAGGGCUGGUCGUCGGCCAACGCUUUGGACACCAAGAUCGAGCUGGCGGAAUUGACGCCGGGCCUGAAGUCGGAGCUGGUCACGUCGUUCGUGCCAGGCGCGUCCAAGGCCGCCAAGCUCAACCUGAGCUUCAUCCAGCCCUUUUUCACCGCGCGCGGUGCGUUCGACCUGUUGAAGGGCCCAUCGUUCGUGGGUGACUUGACUUUGGCCCACGAGGGCUUCGUCGGCGGUGCCGAGGUCGGCUACGACAUUGCUGCCGCGGCCGUGUCCCGCUACGCUGUGGCUUUGGGCUACUCGGCCGGCGCCUACUCUGUCGCUUUGUCCAUCAACAACGCACAGUUGACCACCGCGUCGUUCUUCCAAAAGGUCAGCCCAUUGCUCGAGGUCGGUGCCAAGGCUGUGCUCAACCCUCAGGCCGGCUCCAACGUCAACAUUGAGUUUGCCUCCAAGUACGCCUUGGACCCAACUUCCCAGGUCAAGGCCAAGGUCGCCGACUCUGGUAUCGUCGCUUUGGCUUACAAACAGGCCUUGAGACCAGGUGUCGACUUGGGUGUCGGUGCCUCUUUCGAUGCCCUCAAGUUGGGUGAACCUGUUCACAAGCUUGGCUGGUCCUUGUCGUUCUCGGCUUAA